CCCGCAGGAAGUUCUGGCCUCACGGAGAGGCAGGUAUUUCCGGGUCCGGUAUCAUGGCAGAUUCUUUCACUGAAGGCUCGUCCACGGAGGACGGCAAGAAGAGGCAGCAGUUUGGGAACCGCUUGCUGAGCGAUCCAGCUCGUGUCUUCCACUACAAUGCCUGGGACAAUGUGGAGUGGUCGGAAGAGCAGGCCGCAGCGGCGCAGAGGAAAGUCCAGGAGAACAGUACCCAGCGGGUGUGCCAGGAGAAGCAAGUUGAUUAUGAGAUUAAUGCCAACAAAUAUUGGAAUGACUUCUACAAAAUCCACGAAAAUGGGUUUUUCAAGGACAGACAUUGGCUUUUCACUGAAUUCCCAGAGCUGGCACCUAGUCAAAACCAAAAUCCCUUGAUGGAUUUGCUCUCAGAGAACAAGAGGAGUCAAGUGCCUGGAUGGAAGAGCAGUAAGGAUGGACUGGGCUUCAUAACAGAACAGCCCCAGUGCUCUUCAAACGGCCUUGGACAUGAAGCAGAGACUCUUUCUGUGGAAGAGAAUGUAACUCAGAAACUCAGUCACCUGGAAGUUCGUGCUGAUGAGUUUCCUGGAUCCUCAGCCUCCUACCGCAUAUUUGAGGUCGGUUGUGGUGUGGGAAACACAGUUUUUCCAAUUUUACAAACCAACAAUGACCCAAGACUCUUUGUUUACUGUUGUGAUUUUUCUUCCACAGCUAUACAGCUGGUCCAGACAAAUCCAGCAUAUGAACCUUCUCGGUGUUUUGCCUUUGUUCACGACUUGUGUGAUGAAGAUAAGAGCUACCCAAUUCCCAGGGAUAGUCUUGAUGUCAUCGUCCUCAUAUUUGUUCUUUCAGCAGUUGUUCCAGACAAGAUGCAGAAGGCCAUUGACAGACUGAGCAGGCUUCUGAAGCCUGGAGGGAUGAUGCUCCUGCGAGACUAUGGCCGCCACGAUAUGGCUCAGCUUCGGUUUAAAAAAGGUCAGUGUCUCUCUGAAAAUUUCUACGUGAGAGGCGACGGCACCAGAGUUUACUUCUUCACACAAGAUGAAUUGGACACACUUUUUACAACUGCUGGACUGGAGAAAGUUCAGAACCUAGUGGAUCGCCGAUUGCAAGUGAACCGAGGGAAACAGCUGACAAUGUACCGAGUUUGGAUUCAGUGCAAAUACCGCAGACCUCUUUGGACCGACACUGGCUCCUGACAGGAUGGCCGCGCCUUGGCUUUUUUAAAAGAUCAUCCACAGAAGGUGUCCUGUGAUGUUGGGCAGUUCCAGGAAUCAGGGUUGAGCCCUGAAGCUAGGAAAAACUACUUUUUACCAAGAUUCUAAUAAUCAUGCUUCAUAUUUGUGAAGACCUUUAAUAUAUACUUUUCUCCAGCUUUUUCUUACUUUGAGAUCUCAAAGAAUCUUUCUUACCAUUUUGUAAUAUCUUAAUAACUGAAAUAUUCAUGGAUAUUAGGGAUAUUUCCCUAAUUAGGGAAACUAGGGAUUUUAAAGGCAUCAAGAAUUUAUUUCCAUGUGAAAGUAUCAUCUGUGAUAAGUGUCAUUUGACUGUUUUAUUAAGUUAUUUGAGAAUUCAAAUAUGUGGUUCUGAGGUAUUUUAAGUACUUUCCCCCCUCUAAUAACAUGUGUCUAAAAAUUAAAAGGAUCUUCUUGACUUA